CCGCCCUAGCAAGCCUCUCGUCACUCCCAUCUCCUCCACCUGUACCAGUUCCUUGCCUUCAAGUUUCCGGCAGACCAGGAAAUUAAAUAAGAAGCGAUUGGAAGAUGAGUGGCGGGGGUGGUUUAAAAAAGAUGUUGGCCUCGGCUGUUGUAGUUGGGGUCAGUGAAGCUCGAGCUAGAAUAUUCGGACACAUACUUAACCCGGCGGGGCAGAUAUCAGCCCAUAAGAUUCUACGCAAAAAGCUCAUCGGUGACAAGGUUGCGGAAUGGUACCCGUACGACAUCAAGAAUGACGAUCCGCGUGUCAUGGCAAGGGGAGAAGAAGAGCGCCGAUUGAAGCUAGAAAUGUUGAAGAGACGUGGUAAGGGACCGCCGAAGAAAGGCCAAGGAAGGCGUGCUGUUAAACGCAAUAAGUAGAGGUAACCGCUUCAGCACAUCAAAUGGUUUAUGUUUUGACUUCAUAAAUGGUUCAAUUAGCCAUCUUCGUGUACGUUUCGUUUGCAUAUGUCAAAAUCAAAAUCAAACCCAAAAUAAUUUGAACUCAACAAAUAUGGAAUUGAAUCAGUUUUUGGAUUUUUAGAUUGUAGACGAAAUGGGUGAGAGGAAGGGAUAAAUUUGAAUCUGUUUAUGAAUCAUAUUUGGACA